GCAACUUUGCCACUUUACGAAUGUAGACAUAUACAGCCAAAGCGCACGGACUGGAAACAUUUGCGAAGGAAAGAUUACAAAAUGAGUCCUAAGCUAUUUUGUUUACUAGGCUUGCUUAGCCUGCUUAUACAAGGUCGAGAAGCAUCCAUCGUCCCGGUUGUUGAAACCAUUCCGGAAAUUACUGUUACAUCUGGCGAAGAAGCACUACUGAAAUGUGCUUACGAACGUAAAGCAUAUGCUGUAUAUUGGAGAUUCGUGAGCGAUUCGUCAUCCAGUGAUCUGCUAGUUGUUCUCGAUCGACACUACCAGGUCGGAGAAAGGAGUGGUCCGGGGUACAAAGAUGGGCGCUAUAACAUUACUAACGACUAUUCUCUGAUCAUAAAUGACGUCAGCGUGGAGGACGAGGGCAGAUACAUCUGUGAAGUUUCUGACUUUGAAACAGGUCAAAUGUUUCGCAAUUAUACCAACGUUACAGUGACAGUUCAAGCAAUCAAGCCUCUCGUUAGGGUUCACCAAUGUGGAAGCAACACUCGUGUAUCUGUGGAUGUGACGUACAAUCCAAAGGCAAGCUGUAUGAUCAAGACCAUACCUGACCAACGCCAUGUGCAGCUAGAUUGCUUCGUUGAGGGCGCUAAACCACAAGUUGACAUGAUCUGGGUCGAUAAUAACACCCCGCAGGACUCACUGAAAUGUACAUCCUUAAUAACUACCGAGGGAAAACGAGAGGGAACUGUGGAUCAAAAACUAACUGUGAUAUUAGCGGUUUCUGAAUUUCAGUCCGAUCAAGAAUACUACUUCACCUGCAUCGCUGAGGGCCAGGCAGUCGGCGGAAUGGCAUCCGUGACUGUUGGGAUCAUCAAGGUUCCCCCUGGUGUAUCACCAUCGGCAUUAGUAGCCGCAGCAGUUUCGGCAUUGGUGGUGUUGAUUGUGGUGGUGGUUGUCAUCAUAUCUGUACUCUUGUGGAAGAGAUGCAAGAGAUCACCACAUAGAAAAUAUGACGAUAUUCAAAUGGAUAGUGGCCCAAGUACACCUUUAAGGGCAGAAGAGAGAGCUCCUGACAGGAGGCCAUUAUUACUUACGAAAAGGACUGAAAUACACAACUAUUCACCAAAUAGACCAACAACAACGAAUAAGGGCAUUAAUCUCAUCAAUCUUGGAGUGUUCGGGUUACCAAAAGCUGGGAAGUCAUCCUUAAUUAAUUCACUCAUCUUUUCUCUUACAGGAGCUUAUCCGGGUAAAGCGGAUAACAGGGCCACAGCGCAUAAGGAGGGAGACAAUGAUCCACCAAUAGAGGAGAUAGAACUGACCAAUCACAUUCAUUUGUUGAACUACAAAGGAAUAGAGAAGUACAAAUCGACCAAAAUAAAGGAGAUAUUCUCUCAAAUCAAGGGACACUCGAUAAAGAUUCACUGCCCAAUCUUCAUCUGUGAUUCGAGGUGAGGACUCUAAAAA